AUGAUGCUGUCAAUAAUUGUAUCAAUCUUUAUCGCGAUCGCCGCUGCAGCGAACAACAAAGUAUUUCUCCCUGAGCCUACCGGGGAAUACUUCGUUGGCAAAACGCAACAUGUUUUCAAUCAUACCACUAUAGACGACCCUACAGCAUCCAUUGGAUCAAAUAAUACUGGUAAAUACAUCGUGCUUACUAUCUUAUAUCCAACUGGACAAGCGCCAACCGCCGAAACCUCGCUAGAGUAUAUGGACACGGAGCUUGCUCGAUUAAUAGAAGAGGGUUGGGAAAUCCCCGGAUCACAAUUGCAAAAUCUAUGGACUCAUGCUCAAUGGAAGCCCCCUUUCUUGGCUGGUUCAGUCGGGACGAAUGAAUUCCCAACGCUGUUGCUUUCUCCUGGGGCAGGCCAGCCUUGCUCAACCAGUACCAUAACAGCUUCGGAUUUAGUCUCUCAAGGAUACACAGUCUUGUGUAUUGAUCACCCAGGGGAAAUACCAUACUUGAAAGUUCCGGACGGGUUCGAAGUUGGGACAGAUGGCCAGUAUGGAAUACCAAUCAACGACGAGUGGGCCGAUGAAACUGUACUUUUUAAAGUCAACCGAAAUAGGAAAUCCGAUUUCGACGCUUUGCUUGAGUUGUUUCCACCCCUCGUACAAAGCUUGCAGGCUCCUUUCAACACGUCAACCUACAUGCAUUUUGGGUUUUCCAUGGGAGGGAGUGUCGGGACACAUGUAGUCUCUCAACAUGACUCUAUCAUCGCUGGGUUGAACGGCGACGGUGCAUUCAUUGACACUCUUUUUGGCGAGACUGUCGAUGUCAAGAAACCAUUCCUCAUUUUCCGAGAUGGCGAAACCAGAUUCGACGACACAGUUUAUGGACAGAGUUUUACCUCCUUCAUGGGAAACCAGACUUCUUGGUGGGCACAGUUGAGAGUUAAGGGCAGUCGUCAUUUGGAUUUCUGUGAUGUUGGCUUUUGGGCUGAGUUACUGGAUUGGAAUACCACUUUGGUUGGCACAGCCGAGAAAUUUCGAAUGCGAGAUUUUCAGACUUCUUUCACGACGGCUUUCUUCGAUAUGGUUCUGGGAAAGAAUGGGUCGUCUUUGUUAGAGGAGGCUUUACCCUCAAUUGAUUGGCCAGAGGUGACUUCAAUAAACCUAUGA